GUCAUGCGCAAAGAAAUUUGGAGCCCGAAAUAUUCCACGCUUUCGCAUCUUGUAACACUGUCACUGUUCACUGAUCGAUCCCCAAGAAGAAAAAGAAAUAACAAAAAAAAAUAACAUAACCACCAAAAUAAUUUGGCAUCUUUUAAGUGUUAAUAAAUAUACCAAUCAAAUCAAAUGGAAGUAAACCGAGAAGUUAUGGAAAGUACGUGUAAAAUAGAAAUAGAUAAUAACGAAUCCGAUGAUGCUCUUCUGAAUACUUUUAAAACUGAAAUUAAGGAGGAGUCAGAGCUAGAUAUUAAAUUUGAUGAUUUAAACUAUAAAAAUUAUCCUUUAAAGGCAGAAAUAGAAUGCAAUGAAGAUAAAGUUUGUCUCCUUCAAGUAAAAGAAACACAUGAAGGUUUCAAAUAUGAAGAUAGACUAACUGAUGAAGACAAUGAAUUAAACCAUCAGGUUAUAACUAACCAAUUGAACCAAUGUACAACUGACGAUAGGAAAGUGAAUACCGUUGAAAAAUCUUUUGCUUGUCAAAUUUGUUUUAAAAAGUAUGCAUUUAAGAAAAGUUUAAGAAGACAUUUGAUACAGCAGCACACUAGAGCAAAAUCUGUCACACAUGAAACCUGCUCGGCUACUGGAAAAAAAUCAUUUGGAUGUGAAAUAUGCACAAAACAGUUUUCAAAACCUGUACACUUAAAAAAACAUAUGAUGGUGCAUACUGGUGAAAAACCAUUUGGAUGUGAAAUAUGCACAAAACAGUUUACACAAAGUGCUCACUUAAAAGUUCAUUUGAGAUCUCACACUGGUGAAAAACCAUUUGGAUGUGAAAUAUGCACAAAACAGUUUUCACGAAGUGAACACCUAAGACUUCAUAUGAGAGCACACACUGGUGAAAAACCAUUUAGAUGUGAAAUAUGCACAAAACAGUUUUCACGAAGUGCUCAUUUAAAAGUGCAUAUGAGAGGACACACUGGUGAAAAACCAUAUGGAUGUAAAAUAUGCACAAAACAGUUUAUACAAAAUGCUCACUUAACAGUACAUAUGAGAUUGCACACUUUUGAAAAACUAUUUGAAUGUGAGAUUUGCACCAAAGAGUUUUCGCGGAGUUCUGAUUUAAAAGUACAUUUGAGAUUUCAUUCUGGAGAAAAACCAUUUGGAUGUGAAAUAUGCACAAAACAGUUUUCAUUAAGUGGUAACUUAAAAACUCAUAUGAGAACGCACUUCGGUGAAAAAUUUGGAUGUGAAAUAUGCACAAAACAGUUUGUAACACGUAAUACUUUAAAAAGACAUAUGGCGCUGCAUACUGGUGAAAAACCAUUUGGAUGUGAAAUAUGUACAAAACAGUUUCCACGAAGUGCACACCUAACACAACAUAUGAGAAUACACACUGGUGAAAAACCAUUUAAAUGUGAAAUAUGCACAAGACAGUUUACACACAACUCUAGCUUAAAAGUUCAUAUGAGAACGCACUCUGGUGAAAAACAAUUUAGAUGUGAAAUAUGCCCAAAACAGUUUGUAACACGUAAUACUUUAAAAAGACAUAUGGCGGUGCAUACUGGUGAAAAACCAUUUGGAUGUGAAAUAUGUACAAAACAGUUUUCACGAAGUGCACACCUAACACGACAUAUGAGAAUACACACUGGUGAAAAACCAUUUAAAUGUGAAAUAUGCACAAGACAGUUUACACACAACUCUAGCUUAAAAGUUCAUAUGAGAACGCACUCUGGUGAAAAACAAUUUAGAUGACAAAUAUGCA